AUGCAGAAUUUUCGCCUUGUGUCUAAAUUCGUGCCUCCAGUCAAUGCGAGGCACAUGGGUACCUUGAAGGAUGUUGCAAUGCAACUUAAGUCUAUUACUAGCAUCCAAAAGAUUACUUCCUCAAUGAAGAUGGUAGCCUCAGCUAAGUUCGCUCGAGCUGAACGUGAACUUAGACUGGCUGUGCCAUAUGGUACUGGUGCCACUGCCUUCUACGAAAAGUCCGGCAUUCUUGAGCACCAGAAAGAAAAUAAAACCGCAAAUAACCAUCUUGUGAUUGCUGUAACUUCCGAUCGUGGUCUUUGUGGUGCUGCCAAUAGUUCUAUUGGAAGGACACUUCGUGACAUGCUAAGCAAUCUUCCUGCUGGGGAAAAUGUUAAACUUGUUCUGAUCGGUGAAAAAGCUCGCGCAUUUCUUGCUCGUAAAUUCUCGGAUCAUUUUCUCAUGACAUUCACCGAGGUUGGCAAAAAACCGCCUACUUUUGAGGAUGCGUUUAUGAUUGCCGAAGCUCUUUUAAAUUGCGAUUUCAAAUUUGACAAGGCUUCCCUAUACUACAACAAGUUCAAGACUGUUGUCUCCUAUAAUACUAUGGAUCAAUCUAUUUUCAGUCUGGAACAACUUCAACAAGCCCCAUCUCUCUCACUCUACGAUUCAGUAGAUGAUGAAGCUCUCCGUAGUUACAAUGAGUUCCUUUUGUCUUCUUUGAUUUUUUAUGCUCUGAAAGAGGCCGCUGCAUGCGAACAAUCUGCAAGAAUGACCGCUAUGCAAUCGGCUACAAAGAAUGCCAAUGAAUUGAUCGAUGCAUUAAAACUCACCUACAACAGAACUCGUCAGGCUGUCAUCACCAAGGAGUUGAUUGAAAUCAUAUCCGGUGCUGCUGCCGUAUAG